AUGCCCAGAGUUCUGGGUGAGCAAGUUGGUGGUGGGCAACCAGUUUGGCCUAUAACAAUUCAUGGACAUUAUGCAGAUGCAGGUGAUGCUGCUACUCUUCUGUCUGGAGCAUUGAAUGUGUCAAUACUCUUUACUGGUCACUCAUUCGGAAGAGAUAAGCUUGAACAAUUAUUAAAGCAAGGACGUCAGUCAAUAGAAGAAAUAAAUGCAACAUACAAAAUAAUGUGGCGGAUUGAAGCUGAGGAGCUAUCCCUUGAUGCCUCUGAAAUUGUUAUCACUAGCACUAGACAGGAGAUAGAAGAACAAUGGCGAUUGUAUGAUGGCUUUGAUCCAGUAAUAGAACACAAAUUGAGAGCAAGAAUAAAAAGGGGUGUUCAUUGUCAUGGCAGAUUCAUGCCUCGCAUAAUUAUAAUUCCUCCUGGAAUGGAAUUUCAUCAUAUAGCUCCUCAAGAGGGGGAUGUAGAUGGUGAACUGGAAAGAAAUGAAGAUAAUGCUGCUUCCCCUGAUCCACCAAUUUGGUCAGAGAUCAUGCGUUUCUUUUCCAAUCCACGCAAGCCUAUGAUACUUGCACUUGCAAGACCAGAUCCUAAAAAGAAUAUCACGACUCUAGUCAAAGCAUUUGGAGAGUGUCGCCCACUGAGAGAGCUCGCUAAUCUUUUGAUUGACAAAUAUGAUCUAUAUGGUCAAGUUGCAUAUCCUAAACGUCAUAAGCAAUCUGAUGUCCUUGAAAUCUAUCGUCUAGCAGCAAAAACAAAGGGUGUUUUCAUAAAUCCAGCCUUCAUUGAGCCAUUUGGACUUACUUUAAUUGAGGUGAUUAUUUUUAACUUUGGUUUCAGAUAUUGA